UCAAAGAUGGCUGAGGACAGUGGACCGCUUGGAGCUACCAGCUCAGGUGACAUGUCACAGGUCCAAUUAAGAGAGAUCAUAAACACAGCACAAAACCUUGUUUUGAUGUUAAGUAACAGCGUACCACUGAAUGUAAGGCCAGUCAGACAGGGCAACACAGGAGAAGCUGCUGUUGGUCAGGCAGUGCAGUCAGUGACCACAGUGAGGCCUCAGCAGGCACUGCAACAAAGAGCUCAACUCAGUGGCCCUGGACUCUCAGUGAAACAAGAAAUGGCUCGGUCUUUUCCAGGAUUUUUUAAAAAAGAGGCAAGAGGAAAAAGGCGCUUUGCACCAUAUAGGACAAACGAAUUUGGGAAGAGUUUCUUGGUGAAUUUCUUUCUUCUUGAAAAACAAUAUGAAAAAACACCAAAAGGAGAGGAGGAACUGCCACUCAUGCUUGCUGGCCUUGGAAAACGUUCUCUAACCAUAUCUGAAAACAUGACACAUUCAGAGAUUUCAGAUUUGCUUGUGAAUGUAUAUCCAAGACUGGCAAACAUCUGUGGUGGCUGGAUGCUGCACAAAUCCACAGGUGGAAGUGGGUGGCGGAACUUGGUUGUUAUCCCUCCAGAUCUACAUGGAUACACUGGCCAGCAGUUAAAAGUGGUGACUAGCAGUGGAAAAUACACAUUGUACAUUUGUCCUUUACAAGAAGAACUUGAUACAAUUCCACUACCACCCGAAGCAAAGGAGUUUGAGAAAAUGCCCAAAGCCCAGUGUACAACUUGCAAGAAAAUGGUGCCACUUCAGAUUCUUCCAGUGCACAUCAAGGAAUGCAAGACAGAACUUGUAGAUUUGAGUUGUUCUGCUGAAGAGGAAAGUUGCAAAGAACAUGAUGAAUUUAGAGAUUCCACUUGCAACCAGUCAGACCAGACAUCAGAGUGUCCUGUGUGCAACAAUGCAUUUCACGUUGACAUAAUUGAAGUCCAUGCAGCCACAUGUGGAUUAAGACCUUCAGAUAAUGACUGUCACGAGUCAAGUGGAUCAGGAGCAGUCGGUCAAAUUAAAUCUCACCAGUAUGGCACCAGUUAUGGCAAUUGCUGUGCCAUGCCACACACUUACAAAGACCCAGAAUAA